CAAUUCUUGCCACCAGUUCGAGUGACCUGCAGACAACUGAAGCACAGUGAAGCAGCAGGAACAAGAUCCAGAGAGUGGUUGGCAGGAGAAACAGAAGGAUUUUGGCUUCAUAUCCUCUCUAGGCCUGGUUUUCCUGAAGUCAUUACACCAGCGGCACAAGGAAAAUGGCAGAGUUGAAGUACAUUUCUGGAUUUGGGAAUGAGUGUGCUUCAGAGGACCCUCGCUGCCCGGGUUCCCUGCCAGAAGGACAGAAUAAUCCUCAGGUCUGCCCCUACAACCUGUAUGCUGAGCAGCUCUCGGGAUCAGCUUUCACUUGUCCACGGAGCACCAAUAAGAGAAGCUGGCUAUAUAGGAUUCUCCCUUCGGUUUCUCACAAGCCCUUUGAAUCCGUUGACCAAGGCCAUGUCACUCACAACUGGGAUGAAGUUGAUCCUGAUCCCAAUCAGCUUAGAUGGAAACCAUUUGAGAUUCCAAAAGUAUCUCAAAAGAAAGUGGACUUCGUGAGCGGGCUGCAUACUUUGUGUGGAGCUGGAGACAUCAGGUCUAACAAUGGGCUUGCUGUCCAUAUUUUCCUCUGCAACACUUCCAUGGGGAACAAAUGCUUUUACAAUUCAGAUGGGGACUUCCUGUUUGUUCCCCAGAAAGGGAAUCUUCUCAUUUACACCGAAUUUGGCAAGAUGCUUGUACAGCCCAAUGAGAUCUGCGUCAUUCAGAGAGGAAUGCGGUUCAGCAUAGAUGUCUUUGAGGAGACCAGAGGCUAUGUCUUGGAGGUCUACGGAGUCCACUUUGAGUUACCUGACCUUGGACCCAUUGGAGCCAACGGCUUGGCCAAUCCUCGUGAUUUCUUAAUACCUGUUGCCUGGUAUGAAGAUCGCCAAGUCCCAGGUGGUUACACUGUGAUUAAUAAAUACCAGGGCAAGCUGUUUGCUUCUAAACAGGAUGUCUCUCCAUUCAAUGUUGUGGCCUGGCACGGGAACUAUACACCCUAUAAAUACAACCUGGAGAACUUCAUGGUCAUCAACUCAGUGGCCUUUGACCAUGCAGACCCAUCCAUUUUCACGGUAUUGACUGCCAAGUCUGUCCGCCCUGGAGUGGCCAUAGCUGAUUUUGUCAUCUUCCCACCUCGCUGGGGGGUUGCUGAUAAGACCUUCAGACCUCCUUAUUAUCACAGGAACUGCAUGAGUGAGUUCAUGGGACUCAUCAGAGGUCACUAUGAGGCAAAACAAGGUGGGUUCCUGCCAGGGGGAGGCAGCCUGCACAGUGCAAUGACCCCCCAUGGACCUGACGCUGACUGCUUUGAGAAGGCCAGCAAGGCCAAGCUGGCACCUGAGAGGAUUGCUGAUGGCACCAUGGCAUUUAUGUUUGAGUCUUCUCUAAGCCUGGCUGUCACCAAGUGGGGAUACAAGACCUCCGGGUGUCUGGAUGAGAAUUACUACAAGUGCUGGGAGCCUCUCAAGAGCCACUUCACCCCUAAUUCCAGGAACCCAGUAGGACCUAAGUUCUACCCGAACAUUGCUGCCAUAUUGGAGAGUGGGUUUGCACAGUUUUCUUGAGAAUCUUAUGCCCUCUGGUACUGGGGGAGGGGCUUGGUUAAAAUAAUAAUUCACUUUUCAAAGCCAAGUAACUCAGAACAUUUGUAGAAAUGCCUUUGAAAAGUUCUAUGACUGUCAACUUAAUUACUCAAUAAAUGCUUACUGGUGUUCUGUAGUUACA